GAGCUCAAGCAAGUGCAGAUCCUCCACCAUGGCGUGGAAGGCCUGCGUGCUCAGCCUGUUAGUUCUAUCUUUGUGCGCAUCCGUUGCCUUUGUAGCACCGCAGACUUCAGGUACUACCAGCCGGAAUGGUGUGCUUGAGUCAGCUCGCGGACAGCGGCAGGUGAUCAUUUCACAGGAUGCCCGACAAUUUGCACCGCCCAGCUCCACUAGCAGUGCUGGCAGCUUCAGUUUGUUCUGUCGUUUGUCAGCGGCUGCAGCGUGUGCUGUGAUUGCCUCCAGCGCAAGGAAGCAGCAGCGAGCAGAGAAGGUUGUUGUCCGCAUUUUUCCCAGCAGAGCUAUGCACAGACAGAAGACCAUGCGACGCCUUGAGCCCUAUGGUGAGAUUCCAGCAUGGUCCAGAAAACCGUUGCUGAAAAAGAGGCUGGUGCAACCAUGGCGAAAGCGGCCUGUUCGCAGGUUGUCUCCAUUUGGUCGCUAUUUGUAUGAAAGGUCAAGAGUGCGGUGCCACUACAACAUCAAUGUGCGUCAGCUCACCAAGUAUGUGCUGCGUGCUUUCAAGGAGGGGCGCAAGCACCCCAUUGAUCAUUUGAUGGCCAUUCUGGAAAGCCGAAUUGACAACUUCUGCUGGCGUGUUGGGAUCGCCCCAACCAUGGCAGCAGCCCGAUUCAUGGUGCGUGAGAAUCACAUCCAGAUCAGGUCCGAAAGGGUAUCACAUGACUACAAAGAUCCAGAGUGGGUGACAGUAAACACACCUUCACAUCUCCUGAAGCUUGGCGAUGAGAUUCGUGUUAGGCCAAAGCCUAGGUCACAGGGGCUUGCAAAGAGACACCAAGAUGAAGACGGCCCUGUUGAAGUGCCCAGCCAUCUUGAAUGGGACCGCGAGAACUUGAUCGGCAGAUACAAUGACCUGUGUGAUUCUCAAGAGGUUGGCAUCACUGUCAAUGAGGACCACCUGAUCAGCAAGUUCUUGGGGCCUCAGGGUGUGAGACAGAGACACAUCCGUUGGUUUGAAGGAACCACCAUUCCCAUUGAAAAGAUCUACAAUGGAGGCCGCAUCCGGCCAACUCCUGAGAACAUCCUCAACAUGAAGCGUGGAUUUGGCCUCAACGCCAGGGGCUACAAACGUCCACCCUGCCUUUGGGGCCGCAAGAAGAAUCCCCUCAACAAUCCUUGGGAGUAUGGCAGCAAAGUGAAGGUCUGAGAGGGCAUGCACUAGUAACCGCUAGUAUUCACGUCUCGCCUUUCAGAAAAAUGACAGCUGAUAUUAGCUGAUGCAUUGCUGCAGACUUGAGAUGACUUGAGUACAUCAUGACGGCAUUCUGGAGGCAAUUUAAGGCAAUAUUUACUGUAAUCUCACAUGCGCUGAUUAACG